AUGCCUGAGAAGGGUGAAAACUUGUCAGACCGAAAAAAACGUCAUCACAAGUCCCGAGAACGUGCGAGGUCACCUUUCGAAGAUGAAGACGCUCCACGACGCAAAGUAAAAAGACAUCGAAACCGUGAAGAAAUCACUGAUGAGUCCUCAUUUCCUUCCAGUAACGGAGCUGGGGGUGAUGUAUCACUAUCCGUAGAAGAAACAAAUGCUCUGCGGGCCAAACUAGGUCUGGCUCCCUUGGAGCUUGACGAUGAUAAAGGAGAGGGGGGUAUUGUUGACAACCAGUCAGAAAAUUAUGUACACGCCCCCGCUAAGGACGUCCGUAAGCAACGGGAGGAGGAAGCUUUGAAGCAGAAGCUAGCCGUUCAUAAAGAAAAGCGUUCUCUCUACGACAAACUGGCUAGUAGCACACUUUACGAGCCCAGUGAAAAAGAUAUAUCGGCAAUGUCAUGGGUUGAAAAGAUUCGGGAGAAGGAAAGGAUCAAGAAACAAGCGCAAGCUAGAGCUAAGUUGCUGUCCGAAAUGGAUGAGCAGUUGGAUGCCGAACUUCCACCCAAGGUCAGCCAGUACGAGUCGUCUGACCUUACUGGCCUAAAGGUAGAACACAAGAUUGACAGCUUCCGUGAGGGCCAAACCGUCAUACUGACACUGAAGGAUAAAGGUGUUCUGGAAGAAGAAGCGGACACAGAUGUUUUGGUGAACGUCAAUAUAGUUGAUGAUGAGAAGGCCGAUCGUAACCGCGAAAAUGUGCGGAAAACCGCUGGUCUUGCUGGUAUUGCUGACGAAGAGGAUGAGGAUGUGUUGUUGGGUCUGCGUCAAAAGAGCAUUCUGAGCAAAUAUGAUGCAGAUAUCUCCGGACAAAAGAACUCACAGUUCGUUCUAGGUUCAGAAGGUACUUACGUUCCACAGACCGAGCGGAUGCUGGAGCAACUUAACGCGGAACUUCGGGCGGGAAAGCAAUCACUUCCAGAUACUGAAUUGCGUGUUGCGUCGGAAUACUUCACGCACGAUGAAUUGCAGGCCAAAUUCAAAAAGCGGACCCGCCGCGUGAAGACUCGAGUGCGAAGUGCGUUGACUGCCGACGACUUGAUUAGCUCUGAUCAACAACUGGACCCUACAGGAACCUCUGACCUUGGCAAACGCUCUACCCGUCGUACAGAUUCAGACAGUGUUGUCCACGAAGCUGAACAGCCAAGUUCCAUUGAUCUAAUGGAUACCCUAUCGGCCACGACGUCCUAUGAUGACGCAGAUGUUAACCAAUUGGAAUCUAUCGGAGACCAGUUGAUUGGAGAAGAUGAGCUUCGUGGAGAGAUUGAAAAAACCAUUAGUCGCAUAGCACAGGCCAAAUCUAGCGUCUAUGUGAAACCGGAAGAGGUGGCCGCACAACUGUUAACCCGUAAGCCGGGACCGACAGAAUCUUUACCACAAGCCGGUAAGCCGGAAAGCCGUGGUGGUGUGGUAUUUGACUCCACAGCCGAAUUUUACAAGUCCAUAGGAGCCGGUCUGCAGGAAGCAAUAAGGCAAAACGCCCCGUUAACCCAAAUAAAGGCUGAAUAUUCGGAUGAUGAGGCAGACAUAAAGCAGCCACUUUCCCACGUUGAUUGGGGUAUGGGGAGAAAAGAAGACGACCACAUGUCUAUGAGUGACGAACACGACUCCGCCGAUGAACAGAAGCCUAAUUCGAAUCGGUGGCACACAGUUGGUGAUGGACAGGUCCGCAGAACACGUCCAGCUGGUAGAACUGACGUUGAGACUGGUGGUGAGAGAACUUCCACCAGCACACAGCUUGGUGGUGUGCUAGAUGAUGAACCAAGUCUUGAUUGUGGUGUGUUUUCGGCUCUGAAGCUUGCAGAAAAGAAGGGAUAUAUUGAGAAAGGUCAAGAAAAGAGAGAAGACGUUCGCUACGACGACAUCGACGCGAAGUUCGCUAAGCGUGAUCGUUACAGCGGACCAUUGACGGAAUUUAAAGAGAUAAAAAACUACAAGCCGGACGUAAAACUCGAGUACGUGGAUGAAUUGGGACGGCAGCUGAAUUCAAAGGAAGCUUUCCGUCAGUUAAGCCACAAAUUCCAUGGCAAGGGCUCGGGAAAGAACAAAACAGAGAAGAGAAUGAAGAAGAUCAAGGAAGAGUUUCUGCUCAAGGCGAGCACAAGCUCGGACACACCGCUGGGCACUGCAGAGAAAUUGAACAAAAAGCUACAGUCCAUGGCCUUGCCCUAUGUGAUAUUGAGUGGGAAGAACGCUGCUGUGUUGCCCAAGCCUAGACAGGGGAAGUCGAGUGGCGGAGGUCGGAUUCGAACCGCGGACCUUCAGCCUGAUAUGGGUUGCGUUGACCAAAUGUUUACACUUCGUCAUGUACUAGAGCAACGCCAUACGUAUAAACAACUCACAGUUCUAGUGCUCCUGGAUUUUCAAGGCGUAUUUGACUCGAUUGACCGGUCUGUUCUGUCUGAUACGCUUACCCACCAAGUAAUGCUGCGGAAGUUUGUGAAUAUAAUACGUUCUUUGUAUUCUCAGACUCCCGGACGUGUGAGAGUACACGGCGAGCUCUCCAAAAGCUUCCGUACACAAAGCGGUGUCCGUCAUGGAUUCCCACUUUGUGCAUUCCUGUUUAACUUUGUGAUCGAUGAAAUAAUGAGACGCACGCUGGAGGGUCUCCAAAACCCUGGUGUUCAAAUAGCCUGUGAAGAAAACCUUGCCGAUCUGGAGUAUGCAGACGACAUCGUUCUGAUCUUCGAAAAGGAGACGAAGGCGCAAUGA